CUGGCCGCUUGGUCGGUCCCAUAUGUGGCCUUUAACUAGGUGUAGUGUUCCAAUGUAGUGGAUCUAACCUCAUUCACUUCUCAGUAGAUUUCCAUGGAUUCUUAUAAUGAUGUAAUUGUUCGGCCGACCGAAAUAACCUUUUCACGCACAGCCGUGAAUCCAGUGGAAGUGCUUAUUCUUAAUCGGUCUCAGAAGCGUUUACGCUACAAAAGUUAGUACUUAUGAUCUCACCGCUGUUAUCUUGAACCCAAUAGUUCUUUGCACUGCCAGAGGUACGUACGCUCUAUCUAAAUGCAAGGGAACUCUUUGUCAGGAGGCGUUCGUGAAGAUGUAACUCUAUUUGUUUUUCGAGUAAUGUCUCCCCACAGUAAUAUUGAGCUUAUACGUGCCUCGCUACUUGAUCAGAACCGAAGGGACUUUUUCAAGAUCCAAUUUUUUGAUUGCCUGGAUGACUCAUUGCAGGGAGAGCGCUUUAUCAGUUCAGUCGUUUUACCAGAUCCGACGGCUUCUAGUUAUCGAUCACUGGACUCGGACUCUUGCAAUUCCUGGCCGAAUCGUAGCAUCGAUAAUCUGUCCGUAUCUUCGAAUCCUCCGCGCGCUCUUUCACUGGUACGACCGGUGGACAGCCUUUCGACAUGUUCGAGUCAGUCCACCCUAAAGGGGAAUCAGAAAUCACUACCAACUGCCCUUAUUCGUCGCGGAGAGCACAGAAGCCUCGUGAAGCCGCCUACUAAACCACGUCUUGUGGCGGAUAGGUCGGACGAUACUCCACGUGCUGCAUCCCAAAUAGCUUCGUCUUCUCCAGGCUCACUGAGAUUUCUUGCUCACAGUUUGCAGAAAGUCUUCUACUUCUUGGCCUUUCUCCUCUGUUUUGUUGGGAUAUGUUUGCCUGUGGUCACAGACGAACUCAGCGGCUGGUUGCACUUGCUUCCCAUUCGUUUUGGUUUAAAAACUUCGACUACAGUCUCCUCAACCAUCUCUCCAGAUGGUACUUGCGAUGUGCUGGUUGGUGAAGGGCAGAGUCAGGUGUCACCAUCUUGCUCACCUACUCAGCAAUACAAGUCAGACCGUCGGAUGCACAAUUUGGACGAAUUUGCUCGACAUAGUCAGCUGGCUAUUCUAUCUUUGAAGACUGCUGUUCAGAGCAUUUACAGUGCAUUGAGUUCGCUGAAUCCACUCACUAUGAUCGCAAAUUUUUCCUGGUUUUGUCUUGGUUUGUUGGUUAUGUACACUCUGAAGAGGCAAUGAAAUGGAGUCACUAUUUUCUUCAGACCUGCCGAUACUACCUUUCUUCUAUUCACUCACUCACUGCUGACCAAACCAUCAGGAUUUCAUUUUUCACCCCCUCCUCCAUAUCUCGCCCAUGACUACAUUGUGAUAUAUCCUCUGUCUGUUUAAACUUGAUAUUCCACUGUCUCCUUCCGUUUCGUUCCCUGAGAUUUCUGAGCUGAUGCAUUUCCUAACUUUGUUGGUCUCCAUUGUAUCUAUUGUCACACCUGUCUGUUGUAUUUUGAUAACCCUUUUCUUUUCUAGCCUAUGUGAAUGCUUCGUAAUUACCUCUGAAAUUCUUUUUACAAUACCCUCUGUUUGUAUCAGUUUAUUUGACCGGCCGUCCAUUUAUUAUAAGUGAUUUCAG